UUUGUAUUGUAUUUCUGAAAAAUUCACUCUACAAAUUAUGCAACCAUUAGACCUUUCGGGUAAGAGAUUAGUUCGACCAGAUGAUUCAAAUGGUACAAGAUCUUCCACUGAUGAUGUACAUUCGAUGUGCUCUCAGCUCUCAAAUCUGGGACCCCGAUCUCUUCCAAAUGCUCGUUCCCUUGGUAGCUCAACAUCUUCAAUUCUUCUGCUUCAUAAAACUUACAAGGAAACAUCGGCCCCGCCUCCAAAUCAAGUCGCAUUCAAAUCAGUCAUCUUGGCAAAUACCCAACUUGUGACGGAAUUCCUUCAAAACGGAGAGCUUCCAACUUUCAAAAAACAAAGCUCGCGGAGCACCAACAAUCCCUGGAGACGAUACGGUGCUCUACGCAAGAUUUGUGAAACCGGAGGUUUCGCUCCGAAUAGUGGAUCAAAGAAGGAGAGGAAGAAUCGAGAGACUUUAAUGGCGGUUAAGCAAAAUGUCAAAGUCCCAAUUGCACCAACAUCUGCUCAAAUGACAUUGAACAAAGUUAAGGAUCCGGGACCGUAUGAGAAUAAGCUGGCUCUGAAAGUUCCGAAGAAUACGACAGUCGAUGUGGCGGCUCAAAAUCUUGCCGAGCAAGUGAAGAUAUUCAUUCUUCAAUAUGGUGUUGAAUUGGUGGAUAAUGAACCGGAGAUCAAUCAAGGCGUUAAAUCGAAAUGAAAUAUUGAAAUUUGAUUAUUUGAAUAAAGUUGAAGAGCAACGAAA